AUGCCCCUCGCUAAUGUGUCCCCAGACGUUAGGAAGCACGGUUUGGAGCCAGGAAACGAGGCCUCCCUGACCGGGUUCCUGGCUGGGCCUCCAGAGCACCUGCUUUCCACCCCACCCCGCCCACCCCCGCCCCUCCCGGAGGUCCCCCGGGCUGGCCGCGGGGAGGGGGUGGCGCCCGGAGCGCCCACUGCCAGCGCGUCCCGGGGAAGGCUGCGGCGCGCUCCCCACCUGGGCAGGGGCACCCGCCCGGGCCCCGACGGGCGCGCCGCCAAGGGAGGGUGCUGCUGCCCUGGCCGGGACCCCGCCUGCUUCGCCCGCGGCUGGAGGCUGGACAGGAUCUACGGGACGUGCUUCUGCGACCAAGCCUGUCGCCUCACUGGGGACUGCUGCUUCGACUACGCCAGGGCUUGCCCAGUUCGCCCGUGCUUCGUGGGGGAGUGGAGUCCCUGGAGCGGUUGCUCCGACCAGUGCAAGCCAACCACCCGCGUGCGGAGGCGCUCGGUGCAGCAGGAACCUCAGAACGGCGGGGCGCCCUGCCCGCCCCUGGAGGAGAGAGCCGGCUGCCUGGAGUACUCCACCCCGCAGGGUCAGGACUGCGGGCACUCCUUCGUCCCUGCCUUUAUAACUACCUCUGCAUUCAACAAGGAGAGAGUAAGACAAGCUGCGUCUCCACAGUGGUCUACACACACAGAGGAUGCUGGAUACUGUAUGGAGUUCAAGACAGAGUCCUUGACUCCACACUGUGCUCUGGAAAACAGACCCCUGACUAGAUGGAUGCAAUAUCUCCGAGAGGGAUUCACAGUGUGUGUAGAUUGUCAGCCACCAGCUAUGAAUUCUGUGAGCCUUCGCUGUUCUGGAGAUGGCCUGGACUCUGAUGGAAAUCAAACUCUCCAUUGGCAAGCAAUUGGCAAUCCUCGAUGUCAAGGAACUUGGAAAAAAGUUCGGCGAGUAGACCAGUGUUCUUGUCCAGCUGUUCACAGUUUUAUUUUUAUAUAGGUUGCAGUGUGACUAUUUCAAAGUGCAUUUGUAAACAUGCUAAAUAUUAUCAAGUCGUGUUUAACAACUUUUAAACCUUCAAAGACUGGUCAAAGUCCCUCAACACGUCAUUGCCGUACUCUAAAGUAGAGAAAGAAAAUUUAGGGGCAGUUUCUCAAGGAACACAGUACCUUUAUUUUUAUUUUUGCCAAGUUGAGGACCCACUCUAAAAGCUCCUGUGGUUUUAUGUCCUUGACCUUUCCUCUGGAGUCUUCUUAUUUAACACGGUGUCCACAAGAAACAGAAUACACAUUUAUUUGCUAAAGUAAAAUUACUG